AUGCGAGGGCUAUGGCUCUAUAUGGGUAGAGCCACUAAGUCCAUCGGCACAGGUAUUCUCGCAGACGGAGACUUCAAAGCGCCGACGGCUCAGUGCAUCCUCGCCGUCUCAAUUUUCCUCGCCUGCGCCAUCUCCGUCCUCGGGUGCAUGGGUCAAGACUCGUUCAUCUCCCGCGCCAGGGACUUCCCUGGGCUGGAUGUAGAGGAAUACAGUCCUGGCCCGGACAUUGAUUUGCAGAGCUCUGUCGCGAUGAUCCCACAGCAUCUGGGAUAUACCAGCCAUCUCUCAACACAUGAGACUCACUACCUCCAGUAUCACAUGGAGCAGGGAUCUCGACUGCUAGCAAAUCUAGAGAGCCAUGAUAAUCCCCUUCGGUCGACUCUGAUUCCCAGGGCAAUGUCAUCACCUUUGCUGAUGAAGGCCGUAUGUGCCAUCUCUGCUCUUCAUCUAGCAAAUCGCUCCCAGGGCUUUGGGGCGCAUACUGCUGCAGUUAAAUACUAUAGUGGAACACUAAACGGACUCCGUACAGCUUUAGACAGAUUUUCAGCGGAGUUGUUCCCUGACGAUGCCAUGCUGGCAGUUGGUCUACUAUGCAAAUACGAGAUCGUGCGUGGUAGUGUUAAGCAAUGGGUUGUUCAUCUUAAUGCAUUGCAACGUCUGAUCGUUUCCCGCGGUGGCUUUGCUUCAAUGGAUCGAGAUGCAGCCGAGUUCCUGCGUGGACUUGACAUCGGUAUUCCAAAAUUGGACAUAUACAUUGGGUACACGGAGGAAAUCCUCAAGUUAUGUGCGCGCAUCGCAAAGCUGCCUUCCCUCCAAGUCGAUACGUUAGCUCUUCGACUCAGCGUUGCAUCCAUAAACGAAUCCCUCCUCACCUGGUCUCACACCUCAAUCCCCUACAUAAUUCCCCAAGGGACAUCACCAGCAACCAUAACUCGACUUCAACUCGUAGCUGAAUGUUUCCGCGACGCAGGAUUUGUCUAUCUCCACUCAAUCAUGGAGCGCAUUAGCAGAGUAUAUCCAGAUACUUCUCCCACCGUCGGCCCUGGUACCACUGUCAACACCCAGCUAGAGGAGAUCCCAUCUCUCUCGGCACUAGACUGGGUUCCCCUCAUCUCCACGCCGAAAAGUGUCGCAGUCUACCGCUGUCUUGGCCGCAUUGAAACUUUCCCGCUGGGUGACCACUGCGAGUAUUCGGCGCUCACGUUCCCGCUCUUUAUAUCCGGGUGUGAGAGUGAUAACGUCUUGGAUAGAGAGAUUGUACUUCGUUCAUUGGGCAAGCUACAGGAUAACUUUGGGAUUGGGAAUGUUAGGCGUGCAAAGGAGUUAUUGGGGUUCUUGUGGGCGAGGCAGGAUGCUAAUUUUGAUGCUCAGUGUGUUGGGAUGGGUGAGCAGAAAAAUGUGCAUUGGUUGGACAUUGUCGAGGAGCUGGGGUGGGAAUUGAUUCUUGCUUAG